GCGGAAGUGUGAAGCAGAGGAAAGACGGUUAAAAUCAACGACGCUGUCUUGAGUGGGGUCGAUCAAAGACAACGCCAAAAUGUUGAAAGAGUUGGUGAAGGAGCGACUCAUGGCGGCAGCUGAUGAAAUAUUCGGGCUGUUUGAAAGAACGAUCGAGUCGUACGAGGAGGAACUUUGUCGAACAAGAGAGGAGAACGAGCGACAACGGCGACAACUAGAAGCUGUUGGCAAGACUCACAUUGAAGACGUCCAGCAGCCCCCUCGUGUUAAAAAGGAAGAGGAGGAAUUUUGGACCGCUGGGGAAGGAGAGCAUCUUCUCGGGUCGGAGGAGGCUGAUCUCACCAAGUUGCCACUGACCGUCGUCUCUGUGAAGACUGAAGACCACGAAGACAAACCGCAAGCAGGCAACCUCUUAGCUCCGCUAUCCGAUGGCGACGACACCCGAGAAACUUUUAGCAGCGAUACAGACAGUGGAGGUGAUAUGAGGGCUUGCACUGACAAAAAACACUCUGAAUGCUCUAAAAAGAAGACGGGUAAAAACCGUUUGACCUGCUCCGUUUGUGCAAAAAGAUUUCCAAAAAAGGGCGAUUUGACCCGACACAUGCUGACGCACACGGGAGAAAAACCCUUUAUUUGCUCAGUUUGUGGCAAAAGCUUCCAUCAAAAGUCAAAUAUUAUCACACACAUGAGGACGCACACUGGAGAAAAACCUUUUGUGUGCUCAGUCUGUGGCGUUAAAUUUGCUCAGAGGUCCACUUUGAAGAAACACAUGAAAACACACACAGGAGAAAAACCUUUUAGUUGUUCAGUCUGCGGUAAAAGAUUCCCUCACAAGUAUACGAUGGUGUCACACAUGAGAACGCACACGGGAGAAAAACCCUUUAGUUGUUCGGUUUGUGGCGAAAGAUUCUCUCAAAGAGCAAACAUGGUGAAACACAGAAAAACACACACAGGAGAAAAAGCUUUCAGUUGCUCAGUUUGCGGGAAAGGGUAUUCGUACAAGAAAGGUCUGACAGCACACAUGCUUACACACAAUGGAGAGUAAACGGCCAGUUUGUACUAACCUAGAAAGUGAUAAGCUAUGAUUAUUAUUAUUACUAUUAUUGGGGGUGUCACAAGAUCUUGCGAGACUAAAAGACCCGAUAAAUGAAAAUGAACAGGAUAAUUAUGCCAGCCUCCAUAUGUUGCCGUGUACGUGCGCGACUGUUUUCCUCGUCUCUCGCCUCCAAACUGUGCACCUAGACCAGGGGGUUUCCCUCCUCUUCCAGUAAAAAAAAAAAAGUCUGGAGCCGCAAAACACGACGCAGCUUAUAAACUUGUAAAAAUAGUAAUCGCUGAUGUUUUUAUGAACAAUUUUUUCAUGUGAUCUCCAUCCGUGAAUGGAUUCCCCCUUCUUCCCGUCUAACGUCAGUGGCAGAUUUUUCUGGUAUUUGCCAUACGUGAAAGCGAAAGAACGUAUUGUUCUGCGGUUGCUGCCGAGAGGUCCUACCUCUAGCUACCUUGCUCAUCCAAUCAGCAGUGAGAACACAGAUGCAUUCACAGACUUGCAGUGAGUCGGAUGGUUCACGUUCGUUUUGAAAAUGCACAUUUCCCCUAUGACUUCAGCAACGAGGAGGCUGAAGGAGUUGUGGGUUGCCGACCCCUGACCUAGACGCAUCAUAGAACAACGGCGAACAGAGUGGACCUUUUCAGUCGUACGGUCACUUUGUCUCUGUGGGGGAUGCGGGGCCACUAGCAUACACACACAGCAUAAAAGUGUAGCUUCUUGAAGAGCAAUGCAAGGUAAGGUUUUGGAAAGAUGCUUGCAAAGCCAAAUGCCCGUGUGGGAAUAUUAAUAAUGAGCAAGAACACGAACGAGCCAUUAUACCAAAUGUAUUCUAAAACAUAAAAAUCAACAAAACAAACUUGCCUACCGACCCAGUUUUCCCAUCUGGGAAAAAAAACCCUCUUCGUCUUGGCCGUCAACACUCUCGAGACGUUUGGUUGGCAAAGCUGAUAGAGUUGAAAAGCCAGCGUUCCAAGAAGUGCUGCAAACGUUUGACAGACAGCACAACUUGCCUGUGAGAAAAUACUUCUCACAAACGACAAUUCCACAACAGUGAAAGACGACACGUAAAAGGAAAUAUCGCAUUAUUAUGAUAUAUUAUGAUACAGUAUGUGACCGUGACAUUAGUGGUUUAUUUGGUCUCAAAAAAUGUGGACAAUGAUAUCGUUUUUUGUGGGACAAUAUCCAUUCCACAAAGCAUCCGCGUUGUUUUGUGAUGCGGUUGUGUCCACUCAUUUUUCUUCAUUGCACUUUUCUUAAAAAAAUGUCAUGUUAAAAUCUUGUGGACUCGUGACACCCCUCAUAUUAACGCAUCUGUGACAUUGAAACUGUGAAAUUUGUGUUGUGCAAAUGUUUGCCUUGUUUUGAAACCGCAAUAACGACUGUAAAAUGCCAGGUGUUUGUCUUUUCCUUCCAUCCAAUAUGACAAGCGUUUAUGGUGGCAGUCCGGCUUUCCCUCGUCCCAGGCACGUAUGGUAUUGGGCGUUGGUGAAAGAGCGACGACUGAUGAAAUAUUCAGGCUGUGUGAAAGAACGAUAGCGUCAUAUGAGGAGGAGCUUUCUCAUACAAGAGAGAAGAACGAGCGCCGCCGACGACAAAUGGAAGUUUUUUUACGAGACUCGCACUGAAGGUAUGUUUACAUGUUCACUGACCUUCUACUUUUUAACACUUUUAGCAAGUAACUCGUGAAGUGUUGCAUUAAACAUGACAAGUGGUCAUAUGAGCAAACAUCUACACCAGGGAUGGGCAUCAAAUGUCGCACUGGCCCUGACCGUGACCGAUAACAUACAACAAAAAUGACUGUGAACUCGUUAAAUGGCCUUUUAAGAAGACUCUGUUCCAUUUUAACCCAGAACAGCACAUAGCAGGCCAAUUCCAACAUGUCCGGACCUGCCAACAUGUAGGCAUUUUUUGUACGCUGAACACAUUUCGACCCUUGAAUACGCCUUACCCUUCGCUGCUCUCCAUUUGGUUGCAUUUCGACGAUUUAAGUUUGUGCCAUAAAGCCUCACUUGGUCCAACAUUCUGACACAUACAGGCGAGAGGCCUGUUUUGUUGGUGAAAGAUUCUCUCAAAAAGGCAAAAGAGUGGUGCCCUUGGUUAGCGUCAUGAAUCCGUUCCAGCAGGUCCGGCUCAAACCAAAACGGACUCCAACCAAAGCAAAUUUUCCCAUAGAAAAUAAUGUAAAUCCACUUAAUCCGUUCCAGACACCGAAAAAUGUUCACACAAAACACAUUUUAUAGACAGUAAUUGUACUUUUACAUGCAGGAAAUGAUGCACAAAUAACUGCAAAUGAAAAAUGAAUGGACAACUGUACCCACCCACCCCCGUGUGCUAUGUUUGGCUGCGGAUGCUGCGAACAUGUUACAUUAAUUUUGAAGUUUGAAUGCUUUUGUUUUGUUUUUGGAUCCAGAAAUUACUGUUAUGGAUGUAAAAUGAGAGCCCCACUGCGCCCCCGAGUUGAUAGACUGUUACGCGGGAACAGGGUUAGAUGUGUGAGCACGAACACCUCAGAAAUGAAGAGGAUCUGUCUUCUCUUAAAGCCAUAAAGUUCUUUCACCCUCGUUUCUGUAUGUCCAUCGCCUUUCUCUUUUGUGCGGUCCAUGUGUUUGUCAUGUAGUGUAUCGCUCUACAACUCUGAUAAACGCUUAUGUCCUAAAAUGGUGCCCGCGGCCCACAAUGCAUUGCACAAUCACAAUCUAGGGCUCGUGAUCCAAGACAGGACGCUAAACAAGCGGGGAUAAUUUUAGCAAAAAACGUGCUAACUGCGACGGACGUUUACCGAGUACACACAGGAGAAAAACCUUAUGAUUGCUCACACAUGUGAAUUCACCUACAAGCGAUGAUCUGCUGCUUGUACGAUACCGGAUUCUGGAUUCAUGAGUUGUGAGUUAGUGUGCCACUAAGAACGGCAGCUAAACAACUUCAAAUAAACUCUGAAGCAAAUAAAAAAAAAUCUGAAUCAGAAACUUUAUUGUCGUCAAAUUAUGUGCAAACCUCUUCAGUGCCAAAUAAAAGAAUAAAGACAAAAUAAACAUUAAAAAA